AUGGUACAAAAAACCCGGGUGGAGGGCCCCUCGCAGGCAGAGAUCUUGCUGCGCGUCACCUCAGGGAUUGCCGCAGAGCUCAUCAAGGCCCAUGACGCGAGUAAGACGGUCUCCCUGAACCAGCUUCGGACGCAAAUGAGCAAGAAGUACGGGUUCGGUGGGGUCCCCCGCUUAGUCGAUAUCAUCAGUGCGAUUCCGGACGAGUACAAGAAGGAACUGCUGCCAAAACUGCGCGCACGGCCUAUCCGAACGGCUAGCGGGAUCGCCGUUGUAGCCGUAAUGUGCAAGCCCCAUCGCUGUCCUCACAUUGCCAUGACGGGAAACAUUUGCGUAUAUUGCCCAGGAGGUCCGGAUUCCGACUUCGAUUACAGCACACAAAGCUACACUGGUUACGAGCCGACGAGCAUGCGAGCGAUCCGUGCACGAUACGAUCCGUACGAACAGACGCGAGCACGCGUAGAACAACUCAAAAGCCUCGGACAUAGCGUCGAUAAGGUCGAAUUCAUCAUCAUGGGGGGCACGUUCAUGAGCAUGCCCGAAGAGUACAGGAAUGCGUUUAUCGCGCAGCUGCACAAUGCUCUUUCCGGCUUUACCGGAUUGGACGUAGACGAAGCGGUCCGCUACUCGGAAUUGAGCAAGUCCAAGGCGAUCGGAUUCACAAUAGAAACACGCCCCGACUAUUGCUUGAGGCCCCACCUGAGUCAGAUGCUACGCUAUGGCUGUACCCGCCUCGAGAUAGGCGUGCAGUCUGUUUACGAAGACGUGGCGCGUGACACGAAUCGUGGCCACACCGUGCGCGCGGUGUCGGAAUCGUUUCACCUGGCGAAGGAUGCAGGCUUCAAGGUAGUUGCCCACAUGAUGCCUGACCUCCCGAACGUGGGCGUCGAGCGCGAUCUCGAACAAUUCAAGGAGUACUUCGAGAACCCUGCAUUCCGGAGCGACGGACUGAAGAUUUACCCAACUUUGGUCAUCCGAGGAACGGGCCUGUACGAACUUUGGCGCACGGGGCGCUACAAGAACUAUACCCCCAAUGUGCUCGUUGACGUGGUCGCGCGCAUCUUGGCAUUGGUUCCGCCCUGGACACGCGUGUAUCGGGUACAAAGAGACAUCCCACUUCCGCUCGUUACCAGCGGCUGCGAAAACUCCGGGAACCUCCGUGAGCUGGCCCUGAACCGGAUGAAAGACUUCGGGGCGGAGUGCCGUGAUGUGCGCUUCCGCGAAGUAGGCAUUCAUGAGAUUCACCACAAGGUCCGACCGCAGUCUGUCGAGCUCCUGCGGAGGGACUACACCGCCAACGGAGGCUGGGAGACGUUCCUGUCAUACGAAGACCCGGAACGGGAUAUCCUCAUCGGGCUCCUGCGUCUCCGCAAGUGCUCCGACGAGGGCACGUUCCGGCCGGAACUGGUCCGUCGCGAUGAGGGUGGCUGCAGCAUUGUCCGCGAGCUGCAUGUGUACGGCACGGCUGUGCCCGUCCACGGACGCGACCCGACCAAGUUUCAGCAUCAGGGAUUCGGAACCUUGUUGAUGGAGGAGGCGGAGCGCAUUGCCCGCGAGGAGCACGGAAGCGUGAAACUGGCCGUCAUCUCUGGUGUCGGGACUAGAGAUUACUACCGCCGACUGGGGUACGAGCUCGACGGGCCGUACAUGAGCAAGUCCCUCCUGUAG